UUAUGAAAUAAACAAUCACUAUGGUAGAUUAUCUCGUUUUCAAAUUUAUGUAUAAUAUCGAUACGUCACCAAAAUCAGCUGUUUCAUGAUGACAGUCGACUGCUGGAUCGCAACGAAAUAGUUUUCUCCUUCGAUCGAAAAAGAGCUAUAAUGAAUUAAUAAAACUUGUAUAUAAAAUAGUGAUAAAAUUCGAAAAUUAGGCAAUUAUGGCUACGAGAAAUUUAACAGAACCUUUUAUUUUAAUGAGAAAUAAUGCUCUCCAAAGCAAACAUAUUUAUGCCGAACAGAAUUUAUCAGAUAGGACAGCUUUAGUUAGUUCGGAUUCUAUAUCUGCAGAUAAUGUUGAACUAAGAAAUAUAAAUUUGAGCGAUUCAACACCUCCAGUAUGGGCAGAUGCAUUAGAAGAAACGCAAUAUAUUCUUAGCAGAUUAAGAAUAAAAAUAGAUAGUUUAAUGGAAUUGCAUGCUAAACAAUUAACUAGACCAACUCUAGAUGAUACAUCACAGGAAGAGAGACAAAUGGAACAAUUAUCUCGUGAAAUAGGACGUGCAUUUGCCAAUGGCUAUCGUCAAGUACAAACUAUAAAAACAGCUGCAAGACACGAAACAAAACCUGCUCAACGACAUCUCGCAUUAAAUGCUGUGAUAGCGCUUUCUUCCGCCUUACAAGAUUUGGGAAUACGUUACAGAUCAGCUCAAAAUCAUUAUUUAACACAGAUUAAAUCAAGGGAAGAAAGAAGUAAUCAAUUUUUUAGCGAAGAUCAAUCUUUUUUAAACAAUAUGGCAUCUGCUUCUUGGUUAAUGGAAUCUAACGAUCCUAAAACUAAUUACUGGGAAGAAGAUGAACAACAACAAGAAUCUGUUCUCUUACAAUUAGAAGAUCCAGAAGAAAGGUUAAAAGUAGCUGUAGAAAGAGAACAACAAAUUGGAAGCAUAGUCCAAAGUAUUGCAGAUCUAAAAUAUAUAUUUAAGGAUCUGGCAAAUAUCGUGCAGGACCAAGGAACUAUUUUAGAUCGGAUUGAUUACAAUAUUGAACAGACACAAGUACAAGUAUCUGAAGGUUACAAACAAUUAAAAAAGGCUGAUUCCUAUCAAAGAGCUAAUAGAAAACUUUAUUGCAUAGUAGUUUUAGCAGCUGUUAUUAUUUUACUUUGUUUCUUAUUUCUCCUAUUAAAGACAUAA